CUCAACCCCCUUGCCUCCCCCCCCUUCUCCUCCUGUGCGGCCACAUUGGUUUUACCUUCCCCCCCCUCACCGAAGCCUUGGGACGGCGCUGCUUGGCCGACAAAGUCCGGGACAGAAUGGCGUCAGGCGUGACCGUGAACGAUGAGGUCAUCAGGGUGUUCAACGACAUGAAGGUGAGGAAGUCUUCCACACAAGACGAGGUGAAGAAGAGGAAGAAGGCGGUGCUCUUCUGUCUGAGCGACGACAGGAAGAAGAUCAUUGUGGAGGAGGGAAAGCAGAUCCUGGUGGGUGAAAUUGGCGAGACAGUGGACGACCCCUACGCCUGUUUUGUCAAGCUCCUCCCCCUCGACGACUGCAGAUACGGCCUAUACGACGCCACCUACGAGACCAAGGAGUCCAAGAAGGAGGACCUGGUCUUUAUCUUCUGGGCUCCAGAGGGGGCUCCUCUCAAGAGCAAGAUGAUCUACGCCAGCUCCAAAGACGCCAUCAAGAAGAAGUUUACAGGUAUCAAACACGAGUGGCAGGUGAAUGGGCUGGACGACAUCCAGGACCGCAGCACGCUGGCCGAGAAGCUGGGCGGAAACGUGGUGGUAUCCCUGGAGGGAAAACCGCUGUGAUGUCAUAAGCCAGCAGAGCGUCGCCGAGGCGAUGGUCGUGCCAUCUGGACCCCCGAGCCCACAUGAACGCCGCCGCUUGCUGUGUGUGUCCGUUUCCUGAAGGACUUAGCGUCUUUAGGCCUCCUUUUUGCUUUUUCUUGCCCCCCUCCAAAUGAAGGAGAUCUCAUUAACAUCAAAUAUGCAAACCCCUCCUACUUUGUUGCCACAUGACUUGUUGUUUCAUGGCAGUCACACUUUUGCCAAACAUCACGAGGCUUUUGACGUGACUUUUAUUUAUUUUCUUGUUGGUGGCUCCACUGUGCUUCCACACCGUCAACGCUCGCUCCUCGCCGCCUUACGUUCGCUCGCAAUGUCACGUACUUACACUGCACCUUUAUUUUGGAAACACUACAGGAAGCAGAUUUUACCUCCCUCCCGCUGAGAGACGCCUUAAAGUGGAACCUUGUUUGUCAGAUCACAGGAAGCCACUGCAAUAAAAGCCUGUGGCCCCGC